AAUCUGUUCAUGUUGUGCAGAAAAUCUUAUAAAGCAGAUACAGUAAUAAUAGCUUAAGUUAGCACUACGACUUCCGAUAACCAACCAAAGGUUUUUUCUAUAUAUUUCUCUGCUCAGAUACAGGAUUUAUUGUUCCCUCUUAGAGUGCGUAGUUUUACUAUCCUUCACACUCACCAAUUAUCAUCCUAGAAUCCUUUAUAAAUACCCCCUUCACAAAAACAUGUAACCGCAAAACACGGUUACAAGACCCAAAAAGAAAAACUCUUUUCUUGUCUCCUUCAUUCCACCAUUCUUAAGUUUCUUUCUUUCUUUCUUUCUUUCCUCUGUUCAUAUAUUUUCUUUCCAAUUAUAUAACAAAUGGCAACAAAACUGCUGCUAACAUUUGUCGUCUGUAGAUUAAUAUCAACCGUAGGAUUAACAAUAGAUGCUGAUCAUCCAGUUGGUAGAAUUGAUCAAGGUGUUUUUAAUGGUGAGUUAAGUUAUGAUACCAGUGAUAUUGAGAAAGUUUCAAUUGAUUUUGGAUUAUUGAAUGAAGCUAAACCAUUAGGUGUUUUGCAUCCGGGUUCAACUAAUGAUAUUGCGAGUCUACUUAAAACAGCCAACAUUAAUGGUUUUGGUGUAUCGGCUCGUGGUCAUGGACAUUCAAUUAACGGUCAAGCUCAUGCUACUAAUGGUGUCGUGAUUGAAAUGAGUGGUUCUAAAGGUAAUCAGUUUCGGUCAAAUUUGGGUUCGUUACCUGCUCUUGGUUAUGAAAAUACAUUUUUACUCGGUGGAAGAAACAGUAAAAGUAAUGAUUCUAAGAGGAUACCUUAUGUGGAUGUUUGGGGUGGAGAAUUAUGGAUUGAUGUAUUGAAAUGGACUUUAGGGUUUGGACUAGCGCCAAAAUCAUGGACUGACUAUUUGUAUUUAAGUGUUGGUGGAACUCUUUCUAAUGCUGGGAUUAGUGGUCAAGCUUUUAAUCAUGGUCCACAGAUUAGUAAUGUCUUUGAACUCGACGUUGUCACAGGUAAAGGAGACUUGGUGACAUGUUCAAAGAAGAAAAACUCAGAGCUUUUUAAUGGAGUUCUUGGUGGUUUAGGACAAUUUGGGAUUAUAACUAGGGCAAGAAUUGCUUUAGAACCAGCUCCACAAAGGGUGAGGUGGAUAAGAGUUUUGUAUUCAAAUUUCUCAACCUUCACAAAUGACCAAGAAUAUUUAAUAUCUCUGCAUGGUAAACCCUCGAGUGAAAAAUUCGAUUAUGUCGAGGGCUUUGUUAUUGUUGAUGAAGGUCUCAUUAACAACUGGAGAUCUUCAUUUUUCUCACCAAAGAAUCCUAUUAAAAUCAGCUCAAUCAAUGGUAGUGAUGGUGGUGUCUUAUAUUGCUUGGAGAUCACCAGAAAUUAUGAUGAUUCUACUGCUAAUUCCAUUGAUCAGGAAAUAGAAGCUUUGUUGGAAAAGUUGGAUUUCAUACCGUCAUCAGUAUUCACAACUGAUCUUCCUUACGUGGAUUUCUUAGACCGAGUUCACAAGGCCGAGUUAAAGCUCCGAUCCAAAGGCUUAUGGGAAGUACCUCAUCCAUGGCUUAACCUUUUAGUCCCCAAAUCAAGAAUCGCUGACUUCGACAAAGGUGUCUUUAAGGGUAUCCUGGGGAAUAAAACUAGUGGGCCCAUUCUCAUCUAUCCCAUGAACAAAAACAAGUGGGAUGAUCAGAGUUCAGUUGUUACACCAAAUGAAGAUAUAUUUUACUUAGUAGGAUUGCUAAGAUCUGCGCUGGAUUCAGGAGAAGAAACACAAAAGCUAGAUUACUUGAAAGAUCAGAACCGUCAGAUUUUGAAAUUCUGUGAUGAAUCAGGAAUUAGAGUGAAGAGAUAUUUACCAGGUUAUAAAACUCAGGAAGAGUGGAAAGAACAUUUUGGCGAUAGAUGGGGCCAGUUUCUAAAGAGGAAAAAUGAGUUUGAUACUAUGCGUAUUUUAGCAACAGGACAACAUAUAUUCAAGCCUUCAUUCGACUCUGUUUCUUCCUUUAGGUGACAGCAUCAGUCCAGUGGAUUGGGCCCACUAUUGAAAAAACUCUACCAGCUUCGUACAGUGAAAAUAUAUUAUUUGUGGGGACAUAGUUGGAAAUUGAGCAAUUUGGGACAGUAGCUGGAGUCAUGGAAGAAAUCAGUGGUGGAGAAGGAGGUGCAAGUGGGACCGGUUGUUAAUAGUUAGGAUGGAGCGUGAAGUGUGAACAGCAUGUUAUCUUUACACCCUUGAUCCCCGACCAGUCGAACAUUCCUUUUUGUCCAUAACAGUUGAGGGCUAUCAUCUAAGCUAAUUUGAGUUCCAAGUUCCAUCCUUCCAGGAUAUGGCUUCUGCCGAUCUUUUCUCUUGUUCGGAUUAAAUCCUUAAUCUUGUAAUUAUUUAAUUUUAUUUUUUAUUCGGUCAAUAAAAAUUCAUUUAAAGGGAACAAUA